AUGUGGAAGAAUCCAAUUGUUCGCUUCGGUAAAAGCACCUUUAUCUCCCACUGCGUGGAUGAGCCCGUUCAAGUCGGCCAUUCCUUGAAGUCCUGCACCGAGGAGGUGGCUUUGUACUCCUUCAAUCAUGAGACCGGUGUCAAGGUCAACCUUGUGGACACCCCUGGAUUCGACGAUGACAACAUGUCCGACUUGGAGGUUCUUCGUAUCCUGGCAGGUUGGCUGAGCGUGGCAUACGAGAACAAAAUCCGGCUGAACGGUAUCAUUUACCUCCACCGCAUCACCGACGUGAGAAUGCAGGGCUCAGGGGGAAGGAAUCUCAAAUUAUUCCAAGCCAUGUGCGGUCUCGAAGCCUUGAGCAAUGUCACUCUAGCGACGACUAGGUGGGGGGAGAUUACGGAAGACCUUGGGACGCGCCGUGAAAGAGAACUCGAGGAAACCCCGGGCUAUUGGGGCUGGAUGAAGCAGAACGGAUCGCGCAUUGAGCGUCAUUACGACACCCGUGAUUCGGCCUUGCGAAUCAUCGAUAUCUACCUUGACUUUCCGAGGAGGGUAUCGUUGGAGAUCCAGGAAGAGUUGGUUGUGAGAAAGCAGCAGCUCGAACAGACUAGUGCCGGAAGGGAGGUGGCAAAAGACCUCCUCAAGCAGCGCAAUGCGGCAUUGGGCAAACUCGCCACUGCGGAGAAAUUGAUGCAAGGGACGGGUGAUCAUGCUAUCAUGAUGGAGUUGGAGAGAAACAAGACGGAAGUGGACCAACAGAUCCAUCUGUUGGAACAGAAACAGCGGGAGCUCUUUCGCUCGUCCGAUUGGCGACAGUGUUAUCAACGGGAUUUGGAUAUUGUCCAACUGCAAAAUCUCCUUCUCUGA